AGUAUGAUAGCAAACAUAUUGUUAAUCUCGUCAACAUAUGAAACCUCAGUCAUUGCUGGCCAACAGAAUAUUCAACAAGUGCUAAAUUUGGGACUCACCAAUGUAUUUAAACAAAAUCGCUACAAUGAUGCACCCCAACAAAAUGCCGAAUAUGAUUUUGUAAUAGUUGGCGGCGGGCCAGCUGGUUGUGUUUUGGCCAAUCGUUUGUCAGAGAAUCCCAACUGGCAGGUUUAUCUCAUCGAAGCGGGUGGUUUAGAGAGUAUUGUACAUCAAGUUCCCGCUUUGGCGGCCUUUUUACAGGGCACCCAUUCCAAUUGGGGAUACAAAUCGGUGCCUCAAAAAGCUGCCUGCCGGGGCAUGCACAACAAUGAGUGCUCUUUGCCGCGUGGCAAGGUAUUGGGCGGCACCAGUUCCAUCAACUUUAUGAUUUAUAAUCGUGGCAACAAAAGAGAUUUUGAUAGAUGGGCCGAAUUUGGCAAUGAGGGUUGGUCGUAUCAGGAUGUUUUGCCCUAUUUUUUGAAAUCUGAAAAUGCUCAGCUCCAGGGUUUGGAAUACUCGCCGUAUCACAAUCAUUCGGGUCCUUUAAAUGUGGAGGAUGUAAAAUAUAGAACAAAAUAUGUACAUGCUUAUGUCAAAGCUGCACAAGAGGCGGGCCACGCUAAAACCGAUUACAAUGGUGAGUCACAAUUGGGUGUCUCCUAUGUGCAGGCGAAUACUUUGAAUGGUCGUAGACAUAGCGCCUUUAAAGCCUACAUAGAACCCAUUAGAGAGAAAAGAAAAAAUUUGCAUAUAGUAACACUGGCUCGUGUAACCAAAGUCUUAAUAAAUCCCCAGACUAAGAGAGCCUAUGCAGUGAGAGUGUUAUACCGCAAUACCUUGUAUACCAUACGAGCACGCAAGGAAAUAAUUUUAUCAGCCGGAGCCUUUAAUUCGCCACAAAUUCUAAUGCUUUCGGGCAUUGGACCAAGUGAUAAUUUGCAGGCCAUUGGGGUGCCUAUAGUAAAAGAACUGCCAGUGGGAAAACUAAUGUAUGAUCACAUGUGCCACUUUGGCCCCACCUUCACUACCAAUACCACGGGUGAAACCAUUUUUACCUCAGGAUUAACCGCCAAUGUCAUUAAAUCUUACACCACUGGCGAUCCCAGUACUAUGCUCUCUUCUAUAGGAGGUGUAGAAGCUUUAACAUUUGCCAAAGUACCCAGUUCUCUGGAACCCAACGAUAUGCCUGAUGUGGAAUUUAUUAAUGUGGCCGGCAGUUUGGCCUCGGAUGAUGGCACCGCUCUAACGAGUGGAGCAAAUUUUAGACCGGAAAUCUAUAGUCAAGUCUAUAAACCUCUAAAAGAUGCCCAACAAGAUCAUUUCACCUUUCUCAUCAUGCAAUUUCAUCCCAAAUCGAUAGGACGUCUGUGGCUACAAAAUCGCAAUCCCUUGGAAUGGCCACGCAUAAACCCAAAAUACUUUCACAACUCCGAAGAUGUAGAAUUUCUGCUGGAGGGCAUUAAAGAAGUCAUACGCAUUACGCAAAUGCCCUCAAUGCUACGCGUUGGAACACGUUUACACACAAUACCAAUACCUGGCUGUGAGGGCCAUCGAUUUGGCUCUGAUGACUAUUGGCGCUGUUCCAUACGUGUCAUGUCGUAUACAUUACACCAUCAAGUGGCUACUUGCCGCAUGGGUCCCUCCAACGACAUCACCACCGUGGUUAAUGCAAAACUUCAAGUUCAUGGUAUUGAGGGUUUGCGUGUUGCCGACACCAGUAUCAUACCAUUUCCACCAACAUGUCAUACCAAUGCGGCCUCAUUUAUGAUUGGCGAAAAGGCAGCUGAUAUGAUACGUUCGGUUUGGUCAUAAUGGGACAAAGGAAGUAGCAGAAGAUA